ACUCCCAACGUCCGGGCUGCGACAGGAGCCGAGAGAGAGAGAGAGACUCACACACAUACACACACACACAGAGUGUGUGCGUCCUCGCUCACUGACAAGCCACAAGAUACUCGCGGCAGCGGUUGUUGGUGUGAUUUGAACGCGUGUCCUUCGAUCGCCAGUCCAGUGACAGCUCCUCUCGGACGCCGCGGAUGAGAGAGUGGGACUCAGUUCUGCCAAACCCAGUGCAACCAGUUGACCGGGUAUUUUUUACAUUAUGUCGCUACACACCUUUGGACCUGAUGGAAUGGAAGUUAAACCAAAGUUCAUGAGUCGGGCCAAACAUUGGACUGAAGAAAUAGAAAACUUGUACAGGUUCCAACAAGCUGGAUACAGGGAUGAAAUAGAAUACAAGCAAAUUAAGAAAGUUGAUGGGGUAGAUCGCUGGCCGGAGACAGGAUAUGUGAAGAAGCUACAGAGACGUGACAAUACCUUCUAUUACUACAGCAGGAAAAGGGAAUGUGAGGACAACGAUGUUCAAAAAGUCAAGGUCUACGCCUAUUGAACCAAUCUUGUUCACCACACUUUUUAGUGUAAAUAAAUCAGUUACAAAGUUA